AUGGCGACGAUAGUGAACACCACGGAGGAGGAGCAGAUGCUGGCGGUGGUGCGCUCCACCGCGCAGCUCGCCUGGGCCGACGCGGGCCCGGAGGUCGCCGACCCUGAGGUGGCCCGCCUCUGCGCCGAGGCGCAGCAGCACCUCCUCGCCGCCCGCUGGCUCGACAUGGCCACCCUCAUGCUCGCCUCCGCCGACCUCCUCCUCCUCUCCCCCAGCGCCCCCGACAAAGUGCUGUCAGAUCUCGAGUGCACCCUGACCGUCACCUGCAACCUCGUCACCAAGGCCGGAUCCGAGGACGAGGCCCUGGAGAUCGCCAAGCUCAUCUGCGCCAAGCUCACCCACCACCCGGCCGACAAGACCACGCUGCGCAUCAAAGUCCUCUUCAGCCUGUACAACCUGCUUCCGAGCCUCUCCGGCAAGGCCUUGGUCUACAGGAAGGCGCUCGAGCUCGCCGCCACCGCCGGGAAGGCCGCCGCCGACUGCGUCGUCCCCACUUUCAAGAACAUCGAUGCCUUUGUCGCCUACUGGGGCAUCGGCAAGCCGGAGCAGAGGGAGCUGUUCCUUGCUGUCACCAGGAUUCUUAAAGACCACAAGGGCAUGACCAAGGACUACUUCAAGUUUCUGAACAAGUACCUGGCCACGUUCGAUGGAUCGGGUGAUGAUGCUGAUGCAAUCGGUGCGGCAAAGGAAGAAGCUGCUGCAGCAAUUGUUGAGUUUGUCAAGUCAUCUGACCUCUAUCAGUGUGACCUGCUCGAUAUGCCAGCUGUUGCACAGCUCGAGAAAGAUGACAAGUAUCAGCCAGUUUACGAGCUACUGAAGAUAUUCCUUACUCAGAGGCUCGAAUCCUAUUUAGCGUUUCAGACUGCUAACUCUACCUUGCUGCAAGGAUAUGGACUGGUUCAUGAGGAGUGCAUAACCAAAAUGCGUCUGAUGUCCCUGCUUGAUCUGAGUGGCCAUUGUUCUGGGGAAAUUCCUUACUCUGCAAUUACAAAAGCCCUUGAGAUCAAUGAUGAUGAGGUGGAAUAUUGGAUUGUGAAAGCAAUUUCAUCAAAGAUUUUGGACUGCAAAGUUGACCAGCUUAAUCAAUUGGUCAUUGUCAGCCGGCAUACUGUGAAGGUCUUUGGGAUGCCACAAUGGCAGAGUCUACGUUCAAAGCUUGGAGUGUGGAGGGGAAACAUUGCAAAUGCUAUCAACACAAUCCAAGCUAACAAGGUGACUGAAGAUGGCGGGCAGGGGAUGCAAGGAUUGAUGAUCCGCUGA